UCCGGGGGUGCCGAAAAUGGGUGCGUUUGUGUUCCCGUGUUUUUCUCGUGGUUGCUAUCGGAGGAAGUUGACAGCCACACUGGAAACACUGAGUGCUCUGGCGCCGGCUAUAACAAGCCCCGACUGCUGUUUGUGAGGAUAUGCAUUCCUUGUGGUCUGUCCGUGGCACACAGGUCUGUGUGUAUCCUGCUUCUUUACCGUCUGCAUCAUUUUGAUGGCCUGUAGGAGUCCCUGCUGUUGGAAACACAGCUUCGGGCCAAGCCACACCGCCGAGUAAUGUGCACGUUCUACCCGCUCGUGGUGAGGCUGUCCAUUCUGCUGGUGAUCCCGCUAUCAGACCUCGCCGUCUCGCUGUCGGCAGCCACGCCAUGCCACUCGUUGGCGCUAUCGAACGGGCUGAGUCUGCUCCAGUACUGGCUAUACGCCCACCACUACUACACCACAGACAAAAAGCUGUCUCUCUUCUCGUGCUGCUCUUUCUUCAUAUACGCCGUGUCUCUACUUAGCCAGCUGCGGUUCCGCAGAAGAUCCGCCGAUAGGUCCAGUCUAGGUGGCAGUUCGGCCCUUUUCUCGUCGUCCGCACAGGACAUUCCCUCCCGACCACACUCCGGCUCGUCACUCAUAAACAACUUCACAAACUCACUCUCAAACUCAAUCUCCAUCUCUCCAGCACUGACCAGCCUAUCGAAGAGAUCAACCGACCUGCUGCUAUUCAAAAUCGACGACAUCCUAUCUCCUCACAUGCAGUCUUCUCAGCAGCAAAUCCCGGCAAGAAGCGAUCUGCACCCCAUAACCACAAAAGAGAAAGGACCGGCCUACAACAGUUACUCUCCCUCACUCAUCGAGUACCUUCCCACCGGCAGACCUUCCUUGAGAUCAUCUAAAACGUCCCCCAUAAUGGCCACCUUGUUGGCGCUAUCGGCAGUGCCUCCCUCAAACGCUGCCCCUGUUGUCACCCUGAACAGUGCUUCAGCUCACAACUAUAACAUUAGCCCGGUGUUGAACUUCCUUCUUGCAACAUCAAUCAAUUUAGUGAGCAUGCAUGCGUGCUCGCAUUGUUCAACUUUACAUCUUUUCAAAUCACUUGUAACUGGAAUAACUUGGUUGCUGAUCUUGCUAAUGGGUUGCCCCUUCACGCCUGCCCUCCCGAGCACGGUAGUUAUUCUAUUCGAAAAUGAUUUUCUCAUAUUAAUCAACACAAUCAUACCUGCAGUAUCUUUUAUUUUGUGUGCACUAAGGUUCUUCAGCAACAGGUAUACUCCUGAGAAAGGUAACGACAUCAACAUCGACAACUCCCACGGAACCCCUAGCAAACAGAAAAAUAUUGUUGUGUCGUAUAGAACGAUACCAGAUAUUUGAGUUUAUUUCCCUCAUAUACUAUUUAGUCAAAGUAGUUGCAACCAUUUACAAUCAUUUAUUCAUAAUCUUAGAUACAAAGAUAUAAAGCUGUAGAGAGUUUUGUCGAGCUAUACUGGGACCAUUUACGAUCCCCAGACACAAGCAGA